AAGUGAAUCAGGUGGAAAGUCAGCUGACAAUCCACAACCCGGAAGAGUUACAGAAGUUACAGAAGUUGCCAUGUAAAAAAUCUAGCCUAGUCUUUACAUCACGUGUCUUAUUUUUACAUAUUGGCUUUUAACGAAUAAAAUGUUCGGUGGAGACGACGAAGAUGGAGAUUUCUUGUCACCCACAGGCGGGGCCAAGUUGGCUUCUCUGUUUGGGCUUGACGAAGAAACCAGUCAAGGGAAUGAUUCCUUUCAUUACACAGCACCAAAACAGCCUAGAAAAAGUUCAAAUCCAGUUUCAGGCAUCCAGACAGCAGCACCAUCACCUGGUCCCCUUGAAGUCUUAUUUGCCGUCGCUGUCCACGCCUUUCGAUAUAUAAAGGGACAGUACGUGAAGCAGGGAAAGCUGGGGGCGGCCAUACUGGGCAACCACACGAGUAAAGAGUACAAGUUGCUCCUGUACUUGAGCCAGCAGAAGCCAGUUACUUCUGCCAAGAUCCACAUUGACUUCAUUUUUACGGUACAGUCCAACAAUUACUGCACAUUUUAUGAUGACCAAAGGCAGAAUUGGUCCCUAAUGUUUGAAUCAGAGAAAUCAUCAUCUGAAUUCUGUAAAGAGGUGUGUUUGGCAAAGGCAAACAGCUGCAACGUUUUCGAUGCGGUGCUGACUCAGGAUCUAAGUCCCGGGGAAGGCCAGGCAGUACAAUAUGGAGACUCUUUAGAGGUGGCAUACAGAGGCUGGCUCUUGCAGAACCACACUAUUGGACAGAUGUUCGACUCCAACCAAAAUAAAGACAAGUUGUUACGGCUGAAAAUUGGAGCUGGAAAAGUAAUUCAAGGAUGGGAGAAGGGGGUGCUCGGGAUGAAGAAGGCUGGCUGUCGUCUCAUUGUUGUCCCACCGAACCUUGCUUAUGGAUCACAAGGUCUCCCUGACCGUGUCCCAGCUAACAGCACUCUAAUUUUUGAAGCAGCACUCAGACGGGUGAAAAUUUCCAAGGAAUGUGGCUCAGAUCAGGCUAGUGCCAGUUCAAGAGAUUCUGGUACUCUCUCCCCUGCUCCGAGUGUUGAGAAUCUGACAACAGAGCCACCAGUACAAACAGCUGCACUGGACUCAGGCAGACCAGGGGAGACACCUCAGCAUGCAAAGUCAAAUUCCCUCAGUGAACAACUCACAACUACAGAUCCCACAAAAGCCAAGCUGAUCUCUCGUAUGGCCAAGAUGGGCCAACCCAUGUUACCCUUUCUAACAUGCCAGCCUGAAUCUAGUGACUCUGAAUUGGAGGAUACCACCACUGGUAGAGUCAAGAAUCUGCCUUUGGCACCAUCUCCUGUGCAGAUCACUUCUGCUGCCCCAGUUCAAGCACAUGUACUUCCACAUCCCUACCCUGCUCUUCCUACUAAUGUACUUCCCAACCUUACCAAUAUUGCUGCACAGCCUGGUUUGCUUGGUAACCCUCACACUUUUCAGACUUCUGUUCCUAUGAAUCAGCUCCAGUCUGUGAGCCAAGUUUAUCCUACACGUAUCCCUUGCAUUGGCUCGAAUGAUGUGACUUCCUUCUUGAUGAUCGAGACGCGACAGCAAAACACAGAGAUCCGGUUAGCUGUGGGAAAAGUAGCAGAUAAGGUCGAUCAACUUGCAUCAAAGAUAGAUGACCUUCAAAGGCAGGGAACUGUCUCCUUGGGCCUGUCUGGUAUAUCGAUGGAGUCCUCCAUGAUCAUGCAAAACGUCCAAAGAAUCAUCCAGGAAAAUGAAUGUUUAAAGAAGGACAUAUUCGAGAAAGGCUCUCGUAUUGAAGAGCAAAACCACAAGAUAAGUGAACUAUUCAACCAAAGCCAAAGGUAUAUGGAACAGAAUAACACACUUUUGGAAAAAAGAAAUGACUCUCUCCAGUCUUCAAGUGAGCGGAGUCAGGCAAAACUACUGCAGGCUGAACAAGACAAGAUUCAGCUGAGGGAAGAACUGGCAUCAACUGCAGCUCAGCUUUCUCAAGUGCAACUAGAAGCUUUGAGUCAUCAGCAGAAGGUUUUGGAGCUACAGACUAAGCUGACCACAAGUCUGCUUGACUGUAAAAGCCACACUAAACACAUCAGUGAUCUGGAAUCACAGCUGGAAGAGUUGAAGGAAGUAUCAGAAAGAACCCAGGCUCAGUACAGCGCAGAGAUAGGAAGGUGCAAGGAGAUGGCGCUAAAGCUCAAAAAUAUGGAGGAGGAACUUAAUGACCUGAAGGCAAAUCAAGAUGGUAAAAAACAAGCAUCUGAGCUGAAAGCAGAGCUCGACGAAAGGUGGAAGAUGAAGUACGAGCAGGAUUUAGCCUUAGCUAAAGAAAAAUAUGCCAAAGAGAUGACCGAUCUUAAAGAGGAGAGAGAUUAUCUGCUGGAGUUGAAAGUGCAACAGGAACAGGGGUCACACAGUGCCACUGUUAAGGAGUUACUAGAGAGAAGAGUGGCUGAACUUGAGAUGAAACUGACCGAACAAGAAAGUUCAGCAGAUACAGCAGCAGAGGUGAAGCGUGUGAUGAAUGGUGUGUUUCAUUCUCUACGAGGGGAGUUUGACCUCAAUGAAUCUUACAGUGGCCAGACUGUGCUUGGUGUGCUUGUAAAUACCAUUAAGAAUGUAACUUUACAUCUCCUCAAUGACAAAGACUCCCAGAAAACAAUUAAAAAGGAAGAGUUGGCAGAUCAAGAAGUGGAAACAGACCGAGGUGAUUCCAAACAAGCAGAGAAGAAAAUAUGUAACACAUUCCUUGUGAAUCAAGAGAGUGCAAUCAGCAAACCAAUAAAGGAGGCUGUUUGUGAGACAAAGAAUGACCAUUACCGCGGUCAUGAGGACCAGAUUUCGGAUGGAGCUGAAGUACAGGAGCCUUCAUCUAUUUUAAAAGAACAGCGCCACACUGAAGCAUUGGAAACGACAUCAGGAUCUCCAACGAAGCAAGGGCAGGCACGAGAUGACAUCAGUGAGGCUGCAAAUCCAGACGCCGGACCUCAUGGAAGUGUCCUAACUGAGGUCGAACGGGAGCAGAAUGCUGACUUGAGUGAUGUGUCAAAGGUGAGAAUGGAGAAUACAAAAAAAUCAGGAGAAGUGGAUCCCGACUCCAUGAAAUCUUUUGGACCCCCAGCCAAGCCGCCUCCACCACCAGAUGAGGUUCAGCUCAGUGGUGUUAAAGAUAAAAGUCUGACUGGGGAAUCACCGAUGGAAAAUGGAGAGACGAUUUUCAAGAGCAGAGCCAGUCACCAAUCCACUUUGGAAGAAGAGGAGGAAGAGGUGAGCUUGAAGGGACAUCCGCCACCAGCUCCACUGUUAGGUGAUAACAAUGAUGAUGAUGAUGAUGAUAAUGACGCUGACUGGCUGAGUUAAAAUGCAGUAAAAACUCAAAUUAAGCAGAUCAAGGGUCUCUGAUCUGACUCUGCUAAUGAUGUUAGUCUGAUUUAUAAUAAUAUUGACUGUGGCAGACCCAGCACACUGGAAAGUUGACCAAAAUAUUAAGAUCUGUUUUUAGCUUAUAAAACAAACAAACAAACACAAAACAUAAGAUUCUGAACAACUUGAUUCGUUUUUGUGGAAUCUGUUUAAGAUACUGUGGAAAUACAAAGUGCAUACGCAUCCCAGUUCAAAAGCUGUUCAAAUGUUUUUGUGAUCCAAAAAAAGAGGAGGAGAUUUUCAAAAAUGAUUCCCCCAUUAAUGUGACAUAACGUGUACCUCUCCAAGAGGGUGAG